AUGAGGAAGGUUUUUCACUUGGUGGAGGUGGUGGUGGUGGUGGUGGUGGUGGAGGAGGAGGAGGAGGAGGAGGAGGAGGAGGAGGAGGAGGAGGAGGAGGAGGAGGAGGAGGAGGAGGAGGAGGAGGAGGAGGAGGAGGAGGGAGAAGAGAGGGAAGACACUCAUGUCAAUGCUAAUGAGCAAGUUCUACUGCCAAUUGUGCUGCCGAUUGUGCUGAAAGCACGUUCACGUGCAUUCUCUAGCAUCCCCUCUUCCCUCACCCUCUCUGCUCCCCCCACAGACACUCGAACACUCAAGUCCCUGCUAAUGAGCAAGGGCAUUCUGCCUGUGCUCUUCUCUAUCGCCCCUUUAUCUACCCUCACCCGUCUCACCCUCUCUCCUCCCCCCACAGAUACUCAAGUCCCUGCUAAUGAGCAAGGGCAUUCUGCCUACACUCAAGUCCCUGCUGAUCAGCAAGGGCAUUCUGCCUUUGCUCGCACGCUUGCUCUCCCACCUGCCCCCCAUGCCCGCAUCUCCUGCCCAGCUGCUGGUUAUGCUGACGCCGGGAUCGGCCCUGCUGCUACGUCUGCAGCUGAUUGUGCCGCUCUUCAUAGUGCUGACGUUGGGACUGGUCCUGGGUCUGGCCGUGCUGUUCCUGCAGCUGAUUGUGCUGCUCAUAGUGCCGACGCCGGGACAGCCCCUGCUUCCGGCCGUGCUGGUUCUGCUGCUGAUUGCUCUAACUCUAGGGCUGAUCCCGCUGUUGACCCUGAAGAGCAGCUUGGGGAGGAAGGCGCACUGGACCUGCUCGCUCGGAUCCUGCAGCACCACUGCCGCCACCAUUGGCACCGCACUUACUGUGUCUCCCCAUUCUCUCUCCCUCCGUUUUCUCUCCUCCCACUCUCUGUCCUCCCUUUUUCCCCCACACACACAGUAUGCAGCAGCGGGGGCGCUAUGGCACAUUUCAGCCAAUCAGAGCCUAGGUCCCACUCUCAUCGUGCGCUACAGAUGCCUACUGCCCCUCCUGAGCCUGCUUGA